AUGGCGCGUGAUUCCCACCAACUCUACGGUCAUUUGUUGAUUACAGCAUGUGUACUGGCUGUAGUUCUUGGACAUGGUCGUCUGAUCCGACCAGUAGGUCGCGCAACCAUGUGGAGAUAUGGCUAUAAAACUCCUCAUGACUAUAAUGAUAUGGCAUUAUACUGUGGUGGAAGAGGGCACCAAUGGGGUGUUAAUAAUGGUAAAUGUGGUGUCUGUGGUGACCCCUAUGACCAACCUCAACCCCGUGACCACGAAGCAGGAGGGAAAUACGGUAAAGGGAUUAUAGUGGAGAGAUAUAAACAAGGCCAGAUUAUUAAAAUUAAAGUAGAACUUACGGCCAACCAUGGAGGAAACUUUGAGUUUCGUGUCUGUGACACCAACAACCCCAAAGUUAUAGCAACAGAAGAAUGUUUAAACAGAAAUCUGCUGGCCAAUACGGCAGGUCAGACUAAAAUACAAGUUAUCCCAGGAAGAGAUUUCAACUUUGAACUUGUGUUAUCACCAUUUCUAACAUGUACUCAUUGUGUUUUUCAAUGGAAAUACGAAGCAGCACAGAACCCUGGUAGUAAAAAGCAAGAACAUUUUAUCAAUUGUGCUGAUGUGGCAAUAGAACCCAGAGUUGUUCCUGGAAUCCCACAACCUUACAUUCCACCGACCCAGAAACCAUACAUUCCAUCAACCCAGAAACCAUACGUUCCACCAACCCAGAAACCAUACGUUUCACCCACCCAGAAACCAUACAUUCCACCCACCCGGAAACCAUACGUUCCACCCACCCUAAAACCAUAUGUUCCACCCACCCAGAAACCAUAUGUUCCACCCAACCAGGCACCAUUUAUUCCACCGUUCCAGAAACCUUUUUUUCCACUUGUUCCUAUUCAGCACCCAAAUACCUCUUCACAGGUGACGCUUCUUCCACCCUUUCAGAUUUUAAAACAUAAAUGCCCUAUGACGUGUCCAUUCUAUUGUGCAAUGGGACCACAAUUAUGUCCCAGUGAAUGCAAGAAAUGUAAUCUAAAAUACUAAUUUUUCAGAUUUUUACAAAUUAAUUUUAAACAGGCGAAAACAAAAAUGUACUAAAUAUUAAUAAAAAGAAUUUUGUUUUGUAAAA